CUGAUAGAUGCGAGUUAUGUCCUGAAUUCCAUCACUUAUUCCGUAACCUUUUCAUAUCCCCCCCCCCUUCCCGCAACGUAACCUAGCCUUCUCUCAGUAUCCCACGAAUCCGAAGGUUCCAGAUCUGGCAACCCGCGAAUAUUAGACACAGCCUCCUUUGUUUCCCACGGUCGAAACCACCACCUGUACCAAACUUUUCUUUCUGCGCAAGAAAUGACAUUGAUACGUCCAGGAGAAGGAAGACGGCAAGAGGAGGAGGCCUGCUGCACAUGCGCAACCCUCUUAUCCACCAUCUCCUCCCCUCCGCCACCACCACAAGACGUAUCAUCCGAAAAGCAGCCCCUAUCCGACAAAGACGAGGAUGACCAACAACUCACAGGCGGAGAUCGGAAACUACUACUCCACCAGCAGCAUCACCGAUUAACCUGUUGCGCCCGCGUAAUCUGCGCUGACUGCAUAUCUAAAAACCCCCGUUUCCUAACCUACUGUCCUUACUGCCAAAGCUCAGGGAGAUCUUUGUCGUCAUCUUCUUCACCGAAUAACAUCACCCGCUCUCUCACACCUGUUCCCAGUGACGACACUCAUCCACCCCCUUAUUCCUCCCUCCAUCUUCCCCCAGCUUACACACCCCUUUCAUCAUCAUCAUCAUCAUCAUCAUCACGACCAGUACCCAAAUUGAAACAACCCCCUCCUCAGGAAGAAGAAGAAGAAGAAGACAUCCUCCACUUCCUCACCCCCCACGACAGCAUCCCUUCCCUCUCCCUGUUAUACAACCUCCCCCCCUCCCUCCUAAGAUCCUACAACUCCCUCCCCACCGACUCACUCCUCCACGCCCGCCGCACCCUCCUCAUACCAGCCUCCCACCUCCCCAAGGGGGCAAUCUCCCAUUCCCCCCGUCCCUACGAGGGAGAGGAGGAAGAGGCCCGGAAAGGGAAGAUACGUCGUUGGAUGGUCGCCACAAAGGAGCAUGACUAUGACAUCGCGGUCACUUACCUCGAGGGGGCGGGGUAUGACUUUCACGAGGCGGUGCGUAGAUAUAGCGAUGAUGUUAGAUGGGAAAGGGAGAAUCCGAUGAGGAAGGGGGAUGUGAUGAAGCAGGGGAAGAGGAAGGUGGUGAGGGGGUUGGUGGGGGGUUUGUUGGGGGGGUAG